CCCCACAUAUGCCAAGGCCGGCGACGGUAUCAUCCAGCAUGUUUUCCCCUCAUCCGCUUCCCCGGACACGGGGCCGGUAGUGGCCGUCCCAUGUUCAAAUCCACGUGCCAAAAAGUCGCGUCAUGCCGUGUUUAUUAUCAUGUUUCUUGAGACCAUUCUGCUGUGUUGGUGGCUGACAAUCUUUCCUCAUUCCACCUCAGCUAUCUCGAUCAACCACCUCUUCGAGGCGCAAGUCAUCCGAGUUCCACAUACUAGUGUAAACAGACGGUCCGAUACGCCAUCGUGGAUCCCCUCUUAUCUCUUCCCCACCGCGUCGCAUCGUUCGCUCCAGGAUCGGCGACGUGGGGUCCUUAACAGGGCUUUCCAAAAGAUAAAACGAGAGGCUCUCCCGUACAGAUAUCAAUCCACCAUCAACCAAUUGCUGCCGACUAGAGGCGAGUAACCCGACGGCACCGACAAGAUGAAGGACGAGGGAGGCUACCUUGACAGCCCGAGUGCCGACGAGGCGCAGGCCGGCUCGCAGGUCGUCGUCGAUGGCAUCAUUGUCCUCGACCGCGCCGCGCAGCUCCAACGGGGUCUCAAAAGUCGGCACAUUCAGUUCAUGGCACUCGGUGGCGCCAUCGGAACAGGUCUUUUCGUCGGGUCUGGCGGGAUCCUGGCCAUGGUCGGCCCCGUACCAUUAUGGCUGGGAUAUCUCUCCAUGAUGCUUGUUGUGUGGAUCGUCAUGAACACCAUCGCCGAGAUGACGACAUAUUUACCGAUGAAAGGCAUCACAUUACCCUACUUCACCGAGCGCUACGUCGACAAGAGUCUGGCAUUCGCCCUGGGUUGGAAUUACUGGUACGCGUAUGCGAUCCUGGUCGCAGCCGAGGCGACUGCGGGUUCGAUCUUGCUCGAGUAUUGGGAUACGCCGGUCCCGACUGCUGUCUGGAUCACCAUCAUCCUGGUUGUCUGUCUCCUCCUCAACAUCAUUGCGGUGGAAGUCUUUGGUGAGGCCGAGUUCUGGUUCGCCAGCAUCAAGCUGAUCACAAUCGUCGGCUUGGUCAUCAUGGGUAUUGUCAUCAUGGCUGGCGGCGCCCCUCAAGGCGGUGCCAUCGGAUUCAAGUACUGGAACAAUCCCGGCGCAUUCAAGGAAUACGUUGGGACGGGAGCGACGGGGCGAUUUACCGCUUAUUGGACAGCGUUCGUCCGCGCCGGCUUCAGCUUCAUCACCUCGCCGGAACUCAUCGGUCUCGCGGCGGGCGAGACAGUCGCCCCCCGCCGCAACAUCCCCAAGGCCGCACGCCGCUUUCUUGCUCGUCUGGCCCUCUUCUACGGCGUCAGCAGCUUGAUCAUCGGCUGCCUCGUUCCUUACAACGACCCCCAGCUGCUUUCGCCCGAGUCUAAUGCCAACGCCAGCCCUUGGGUAAUCGGCAUCCAGCGGGCGGGCAUCGGCAGCCUCAACCACGUCAUCAACGCCGCCAUCCUGACCUCGGCAUGGUCGGCUGGUAACGCAUUCCUCUACUCAGGCUCCCGCAUUCUCUAUUCUAUGGCGGUAACGGGACAGGCGCCCAGCUUCCUCGCAAAGACGACGCCGCGGGGCGUGCCCUACGCCGCCGUGCUCGCAACCUGGGCUUUCGGCUUGUUGGCGUACCUAAACGUGUCCGAGAACGGAGCGAAGGUCUUCCUCUGGUUCUCGAACAUAUCGACGAUAUCGGGAUUCAUUGCCUGGAUCGUCGUGCUGAUCACGUACCUUCGCUUCCGUGCCGCCAUGACCUACAACGGCAUGAUGGACGCCCUGCCCUUCCGGACGAUUGCGCAGCCGUACGCGGCGUGGUUCACGCUGCUGAUUGUGUCCCUGCUGACACUCACGAACGGGUUCCAAGUGUUUUCGCCGAGCCGGUGGAACUACCAGGACUUUCUGGCUGCGUACAUCACCAUCCCGGCCUUCUUGUUGCUCUAUUUCGGCCACAAGCUGCGGUUCAGGACGCCCUUCGCCAAGAAGCUGCACGAGAUUGAUGUCCUGACCGGCAAGAAGGAGAUGGAUGAAUUCUGCGCCAACGACCACGAGCCUGUUCCCAAGAACAUUGUGCAAAAAGUCUGGUUUUGGAUCGCAUAGAGGAGUUGGGGGUGGGGCGGCGCUGUAUUCAGUAUGUAUGCAUGUGUUCAGCGAGUAUUUCGGCGGUGAUAUUCAAAAGGCUCGGUCAGUCUCGGUGUCGCA